UCACCAUUUUGUGACUGUAGUGGAAAAGAAGACCGAUAGUUUUUUUUAAUGUAGCCUCGUUUGAGUUUCUGUAGGGGCAAGACAUGCCUCGCGGAGGAAAAGUAAAGUGCGAGUCCGGACCGCGCCGCCGUCAGAGCCGACAGCCGAGGGACGCUACCGAGGCUUGAGCCCGCCUCCCCAUCUGCAAAAUAGGACCAUAAAUCUCUCUCCGUCGCGAAGGGGGUGGGAGGGGAGCUCUGUUUGGGCGCAAAACCAGAAAGCAGAGAAGGACAGGGGGAAGAAGAAAAACCAAGAAAGACGUUUAAAGGAGUGCCUUGAGGAGAAAGAGCGGCACCACAAAAUCUGCACUUUGUGAACCACGAGAAGAGAUGAGGCCGCUAAAGAAGCACAGAGGCCGUUCUCCCCCGUUGACCAGAGGUCGAGGGGGGAGACGGAGAGGAAGCUCUCAGCCCCUUCAAGAGAAAGACCCCAAAAGAGCCAAGAGGGAAACACUCGUCAAAACCACACAGCAUUCCCCCAGUGCUCCCACAGGCAAACAGAUCUCGCACUCCAUCGAAGAGCCGAUCACAAACAGCAGUUCUCCCAAGAGAGCGGAGCCUACAGAGCUGAGGAAACCUGUGGAAUCGCUCGAGGAAAAAGCAGCAGAAAAGACAGAAACGGAAAAGAUUGACGGCACAAACGGAAACAAGGCCGUGUCCACUAACUCUAAAGCAUUUCCUACCUCCACCCCAACGCCACUCUCCACGGCCACGCCCCCUCCGGCCACCAAUCACAGCCUAGGCUCAGUCUCUAGUAGGAAAACAGCCACAUUUAAGGCUCGUGUGCCCAAGAAGAAAUACACAUAUGAGCACUUUGCAAACAAUGCGAGUAGCCUGACUACCAUUCCUACCUCCAGCCCUGCACUUAUACACAGCAGUUACUGCAAUGCUCACAGCAAAAUCAGCGAUAAUCUGAGUAUACCCAAUAACAACUUCAAGAGUAGUAACAGUAUUAGUCAAAGCAGUAAUAAAAGCAUUCAUUCUAGUAUCAAUAGUAGUGCUAAAAACACUACAAGUGGUAUUGACAUUGUGACUAACCAUAGUAGCCAUAAUACUCUUAUAGAUAGCAGUAAUAGUAGAAGUAAUAAUUGCUCAGGUAAUCAGCCAUCAGUGCUAACUGUGGAAAGCAAAGCGCCAGAAGGGAACCGCGUCGUUUCCGUGGAUGAUAAAACCCUCAGGACGGCAGGAUCCCAGGACAAAGAUUCCCAACCCGGGAAGUAUAAGUCGGAGGGGGCCCGCUACUCGGUGCGCUCCUCCUCCACGGACACUGCGAGCGAUCACUCCGCUGACCUGGACGGGCUGGAAGCAACAGGACCGUGCCUGCCCCAAAAGAACCCCCGCUGCUCAGCCGCUCUCCACCACUCGCAGCACAAAGAGGCCGGGCUUUCAGAGGGACUGGCUGAAGCUCUGGCCAAGGGCAUGAGGAACCAGAGAGUCCUUGCUCGCCGGUUAAAGACGACCACGGAGAGCGGGGUCGGGUCCACGGGCAACCGGGGGCUGGAGGAGCGCGACUCACGGCCUCUGUCCCCGGUGUUCAGGCCAGGGGUGGUGCGCAGGGUGAGUGGAGGGACUGUAGAAGUGCAGCUCCAAGGAGAGGAGACCCUCGUUGGGUACCCGUUCCGUGGCGGGACCGCGAUGGCAUCCCCCUCUGGAGCCGAGAGCCCGGCGGAGUUCAUUUUGGACGCCCCCCCGCCCGGCAUGGCGCCCGUAGCAGUGAGGACCCGGGUGUGCGUGCCCUUCGGUGGAGAGGAGGGGGGUCCUCCGUUGUACAGAGAAGGCAUUGUCACCCAGGUGGACCCCCACCCUGGCGUGUCCUUUCCUUACCAGGUGCUCUUGAGUGAAGACAGGGAGUCUCUGCACGGCACCCAUGUGGGGGAGGAGAAAGAGAAAAGGAAAGCUAACGCAGAUUCUCAGGCUGUGUGGGUGUCCCGUCAAAGUCUGAGGCUGCUCACCCCUCCCUGGGAGGUCCCACACCUGGAUGGUGGGAGGGCUCAGGAAAGAGAGCGCGAGAGGGAGAGGGAGGAGAGGGAGCGCAGGGAGGAGAUGGAGGUGGAGAGGGAAGUGUGCCAGCUGAGCAUUGGGAUGGGGGUGCUGGGAGGGGGAGCAAGGGUGGGCCAUGGGUUUGAAGGAGUGGCCGGGGGGCAUCCUUACGGAAACACACAUCCGCCCCCCCGUUCCUCCACUGUGACCUCUGGUGCGGCCUCCGGCUCGGGCGCGGGGAGCGAGCCGAACACUCCGGAGGAGGAUGUCGAGGUCUCUCGUUUGAAUAUGGCCCUCGCCGUCGGCGCCAAGGCGAACGCCGGGAACUCCCAGCACAGAAACGUUGCUUCCAAGUCCCUCUGCUACCCCACCUCCUCACCCCACCUGCCUGCGUUGCAGGUCCUGGCGCCCCCGCAUCUCUCCACCCUAGCGAGCCCCCAUCCGCCCCGCUCCCCUGCCUUAAUCGGGUCUGAGAUUAACAGAACCACUCCGAGCCUACCUCCUUUAAAGUCCACUCCCACUCAGACCCCUACUCCCACUUCCGGUGUGGGGUCCUCCUCUACCUCCUCUCGUUCCAGGACCCCCCUCUCGUUGGCUCAGCAGAAAUACAAGAAGGGCGACGUGGUGUGCACGCCCAAUGGCAUCCGUAAGAAGUUCAACGGUAAGCAGUGGAGGAGGCUGUGCUCCAGGGAGGGCUGCAUGAAGGAGUCCCAGCGUCGAGGAUACUGCUCAAGACACUUGUCCAUGAGGACCAAAGAGAUGGAGACGGCGGCAGGAGGCGGAGGAGGAGGCAGCAGCUCGGGAACCGUCACCCCCGACCUGCGGGGGAGGGCGAGCAGUGAGUUUGAGUGGGACGACACGUCGAGGGAGAGCAGCGAGACUAGUAGCAGAGGAGACUCCAGACCCCGCCUGGUCCUCCCUUCCCUCCUCCCCCACGACCUGUCGUCGCGCUUUGACUUUGAUGAGUGCGAGGCCGCCACCAUGCUUGUGUCGCUGGGGAGCUCGCACUCCGGCACCCCGUCCUUCUCUCCCAUCUCCACCCAGUCGCCCUUCUCCCCCGCCCCGUCUCCCUCGCCUUCCCCGCUGUUCGGCUUCAGGCCCGCCAAUUUCUCCCCGAUCACCGCCUCCCCGGUCCUGCAACCCCGAAGGCACAGGCAGCCCAGCGGGACUGGGGGAGGGGCGGCCGGGGGCAGCAAGGCAACGGCCCCGGCCGCAGGAGGGGAAAGGGAGAGACACUCGUCGGGCAUGCAGCCCUCCUUCCACAGCAACCUGAUGUUCACGGUGCCCAUGAGCCCCAGCAAACGAAAGCCCGACGCUCUUGCUCCGCCGACCCUCCCCUCGCACCACCACGACUACACGCCCAAGACAGAGCCCGAGCAGGGCGACCUGAACGGCUCUUUUAGGGUGCUGUCCCCCCACGUGCAAGCCUCACUCUCCCGCACGCACACGCCCACCUUCUCCCGACCGAGAGGAGUCGGCACCCUCUCGUCCAGUAGGCCGCCGUCCUCCACCGCCGUCUCCCCUCCUCCUCUGCUGGUCUCGCCGACUCCCCCGUCCCCUCUCACUCCCGAUGGAGGGCCUCGCCGCGUGGUACCCGUGUCCCAGCAGGCCUUGCGGGACUCCCCUGUCAUUGUGAGGAAUCCGGAAGUCCCGCUGGCAAAAUUCACGGCGUGUCCCUCAGAAAAAGGAGGAGGAGGUGGUGGAGACCUGGGGGGGGUGGAUAAUACCUUGUUUAAAGACACCGGCUUAGAACCCCUCGCCCCGCAGCCAAUCGCUGGCCUCCAGGUUCCCGUCCCCAUUAACGCCGCAGUAGCCAAUGGCACCGUCCUCUUGCGGGGCCCGGGCCAAACGUUAGUGCUUGUGUCCCCGACUUCGUCCUCUGUCCCCACCGCUGCCACCCCUGCCCCCUCCCUGCAGCCCCUCUCAGUUGUCGUCGGCACGACGGUCGCAGCUGCCGCUCCGAGUGGCGCGGACGGACCCGUGGAGCGGGAGGAGAAUGGGGGGACGGGGUUCGGGGGUGAGGUCCAGCAGCCGGUUCCGUGUCACCCGUCUCCCACAGCUCUGCUGCCGCUGAUCCUCCCAGCCGAAAGCCUUCACCCCGUCCCACGGAAGGACAUCAUCAUGGGACGUCCUGGCACAGUAUGGACCAACGUAGAGCCCCGGUCUGUUCCAGUCUUCCCCUGGCAUUCGUUGGUCCCUUUCCUGGCACCCACUCAAUCGGAUGCUUCUUCUCAGCCAGGAGAGGGUCAGCACCCAGUCAACCACCCCCAGGCAGCCAGUCUGAAGACAGAGUGUCAGGGGGUGGCUUCGUUGUCACAGCAGCCUGCAGAGGCACCGCCUACUGUGGAGAGAGGUCCUCCAUCCCGGCCUUCUCCCUCUUCCGAUGAGCAGCCUCCAGAGGAGGAGAAGGGCGACGCAGAGAGGGAGAGGCCUGAAAGCGAGACGGAGAGUGAUGUUGAUGACCUCUUCCUCCCAGGAGUUGUACCGGAGCAGCCCCUCUCUACAUCACCAGUGAAGAGACGCACCCAGUCCCUCAGCGCGUUGCCCAAAGACGGAGAUAAGAGCUGCCCUGGAAAGAGGGAGAAGGACCACAUCCGACGACCAAUGAAUGCAUUCAUGAUUUUCAGUAAGCGCCAUCGAGCAUUGGUGCACCAACGGCACCCAAACCAGGACAACAGGACAGUCAGCAAGAUUCUCGGGGAGUGGUGGUAUGCUCUUGGACCAAAGGAAAAACAGAAGUACCAUGAUUUGGCGUUCCAGGUAAAAGAGGCUCACUUUAAAGCUCACCCAGACUGGAAGUGGUGUAACAAAGACAGGAAGAAGUCCAGCUCAGAUGGCCGUGGGGUACCAGGGGGCAAAGACAUCAGAGAGAGGAGCAUGUCCGAGUCCACAGAGCCCCACUCUGUGGAGCUAAAGAGUGCUGGUCCUAGUCUGGUCGGCGUGUCUGAGAGGAACACAGGAGAAGGUCUUGUAGGCCAGCUUAGCCGUCCCAGAGCCUUCUCUCAAAGUGCCGUGCACAGCCUGGAGCGCAGUGACAGGGGAAACACACAGGUCCUGGCAGAACUGACCCAGAUGUGUGGGGAUGGGGGCAGUAAGUUUUCGGGUCAUGUUCCCAACCCCCAAUCCCAGAGGGGGGUAAGCGAGGACAUGACCAGUGACGAGGAGCGCAUGGUCAUCUGUGAAGAGGAGGGAGAUGAUGAUGUCAUCGAGGACCCUUAUCCGAGCACUUCCAUAGACCUCAAGUGUAAAGAGCGGGUGACGGACAGCGAUAGUGAGAACGGUUCUGGAGACGAAAGCAACCGGAAGCGGGUUUUUGCGCCAGUCAUUUGCUCCUCCGCAUCAUCAUCUUCCUCACACUACACCUCUCAUGGCAGGAGUGUCUCUCUGUCCUCUUACCCAAGCAGCAAGCGUUACGAUGAUGGGAGAUCAGGAGGAGGAGGAGGAUUUUCAGAUCACAGGAGAAAGGACAGGGGAGAGGGAGACACUAGAGAUACAUUUGGAGGAGGAGGAGGAGGAGGAGUGCAAGCCACAUCUCUCUCCCUCACUUCUGGCCAGUCAGUCAUCUCCACUUCCUCUGCUGGAGGGUAUCUGUCCUCAUCAGCAGGUGCCCCGGGGGGAAACCCCCUCCUGGGGAUUGGUGCUGUAAGGGUGGCCUCGACAGUGGUGACCAAUGUAAUGCGUCCUGUUAUUAGCACGCCCCUCCCAAUCGCCAGCAAAUCCAGAGAUGGAGGGACAUCGAGCCCGCAUCCACCAGAGAGGAAGCCCCUGACUUUCCAUCAGCAGCCACAAUUUCUGAUCGGUUCAGGACCAGGAGGAGGAGUUCCGGGGACAGGGGGUGGGUACUACUCUUCGUCAUCACCUAAUCCGUUAGGUGCAGGCAUUGGGCCUGGUGGUGUAGUGACUAAUUUGGUGUUGGGAGGGGCUCUGCCUGCUCAACCGGCCGUACAGCUCAUCACACCCUCCCACCACCAUCAUCCCUCUCAGCAGCAGGCCUUUUCCUCCUCUGCUGUGUCAGUGUCGCAUAGUCAAACCAACGGGCCCCUGCCUCUGUCCCUGCUUCAGCCCCAGUUCCUCCCCACCUCUUCCUUAGCGUCCCCUGGGGGUAAGGCUAUCACACAAGUUCAGUACAUCCUUCCCACCCUACCUGCCAACACCAACCCCAACCCCAAUAGUCCACCUCAGCAGCUCAGCCAGCCAACUGGUAUCUUCAACCUGCCCACAGCUCCACCCACACACAUGUCCUUGGCCAAUGGGAGGCAACAGGGAAUAGGUUCACUGACAGGAUAUUCGUCCAGCUCAGCAGUGGGAGUGGUUAGCCCUGGAACAAGAGUGCAAACACAGUCCCCGGUGCUCCAGGGCAAAAUGAUUGUUCCCAUGGCAACAGUACGGACAGCACCAGCCCCUGCCCAGCAGGUUCCCAUUAUGGCUCCAGCUCUUCCGGUCCAGAACGGUGCUCAGGCUGGAGGCAAGAUCAUUCAAAUAGCUCCCAUGCCUGUGGUCCAGUCCCAGCUGUCUCAUGGUGGAACGGUCCAUCCUGUCAGCCCCUUCCCCGGAACAGUGGGCACAACUGCUGUGGUGUCCCCAGGAUCGGCCCCCUCCCAGGCUGUACUCCUGCCACCAGCUCCUACCAGGAUCACUUAUGUCCAGUCCACACCAGGGAUCCCGUCAACUCUGCCUCUGGUCUCCACAACAGCAGUCUCUUCCAUCGGUCAGCAUGGUUCUGCAUAUGUGCAAUCGCCCCUGGCAACUCUCGGAUUCACUGCCAUUGGACCACCUGGUCAGACCCUGGUGCAGCCACUGAUCGCGGGUCAGCCACCACUCUUAGCCACAGCUCCGUCUCCACAGCCCUCCAUCUCAGCCCCUGCCCCGGGACCCGGGGGCCAGACGGUCACCGCAAUCUACCCUCCCUCACCUAACGUCACCAUGGCAACAGGGGUGGUCUCCAUGACUGCGUUACCCCCCAGCGUGGUCUACUCCAUCUCCGGCCCUUCCACUGUUUCCUCCCACAUCCUGUCCAAACACACUGCGACCCCUAGCACAAUCGCACACCCACAUCCGCAGCCCCAGCCGGACAGACAGGCCGACAGGCACCCGCCUCCGGACCGACCCCCAGAUCGACAGACCGACCGGCCGGCCGAGAGGCAGACAGAACUCAUGACGCAUUCGGACAGACAUCUGGAGAGGCAGACCUCCGCCAGUGUCAGCUCAGUGGCCCCUUCAGGGGGCUCAGGUGUGUCCACGAGGCCCUGCAGUCCUCCUCCGAUUCAGACACCUGGCAGUACACCAGGUACACCUAAACUCACCCAGCUGCCCGUCAGGACCCCUCAAAAGGUGAAGGCAACACUGGCGAACAUUCCUGUAGGCAGCUAUGAAGGAGGAGGCCGAGUAAAGGAGAGAGAAAGGGAGAAGGAGAGAGAGCGAGAGAAGGAGAAGGAGAGAGUGGCCGCAGCCACCAGUCGCUUCUCUUUUGAUGCUGAGCCAGCAGGGCAGACGGGGUCUCCAUCAACACAUCCUGCCCAGGACCCGCCCCCCUCAUCCUCCUCUGACCGAACCCUGGAGGGGAGCUGUGCUGCGGACUCCUUUGAUGCCCAACAUAGUGAAAGCACAACCACCAAAGAGGCUGGAUGGAAGGAGUCCCUCCCCUCCUCAUCUCCCUCCCCUCCAUCAGCCACAGAACCGCCCCUGCCGCCCCCGCAGGCUGACAAAGACGGCCCCCCCGCCAAAAAAGUGAAAGCACGGCCGCCUCCACUGAAGAAGACUUUUGAAUCCGUCGACAAGGUGCUGUCCGAGGUAUAUUUCGAGGAGCGCUUCGCCGAGCUGCCCGAGUUUCGGCCUGAGGAGGUUUUGCCUUCCCCCACCCUGCAGAGUCUGGCCACUUCACCCCGCGCCAUCCUGGGCAGUUAUCGCCGCAAGAGGAAGAACUCUACAGAUUUGGAUUCAGCCACUGACGAGCAAGUCUCUCCUAAGAGAAAGAGCCGUCGGCGCUCGAGCUGCAGCUCGGAGCCCAACACGCCUAAAAGUGCCGCCAAGUGUGAGGGAGACAUCUUCACCUUUGACAGAGCAGCCACGGAUGGAGAAGACAUCCUGACGGAUCUGGAGUUUGAUAAGGUUCCCUACUCAUCCCUGAGAAGAACGCUGGACCAGAGGCGAGCGCUGGUCAUGCAGCUGUUCCAGGAGCAAGGCUUCUUCCCUUCAGCUCAGGCCACUGCGGCCUUCCAGGCGAGAUACUCCGAUAUAUUCCCCACCAAGGUGUGCCUGCAGCUCAAGAUCAGAGAGGUGCGGCAGAAAAUCAUGCAGACGGCCGCCCCCUCCGACGUCUCUGCCUUCGGCAUCCCGGACUCUCUCGGCUCCCUCCCUGGACCUUCUGGCUCCCAGUCGGGAGAGGGAGCUCUGAGGGGAGGUGGGGACCUGCAGGACGAUGACGUAGAGCAGGGCGCAGAGGGGAGCCCCGAGGAUCCUCGUGACUCACAGGAGUCUUCUAGACGAGGGAUGCUGACCAAUUUAAAUUGACCAAUCAAUUUGUAUGGCUCCAAAAACACAUUUGUCCCAGUGGGCUUUACAAUCUGUACACGUCCGACAUCCUCCCUCCCCGCACCCGAAUGUUAACAGUCAAAGUCAGACCUUUCCACCCACUACACACAUACACUUUUUUUAAUCCUCACUCUCAACUCUCCUUUGGCCUCAUCCCGGUUUUCUCUCCAUCCCUAGGACCCGACCCGGUGAGAGUAGAAUAUGUUUUUAAUGGAAUGUUGGGACCUUUUUUACCUUCAGUUAAACGCAUGAAACCCCAUUGCACAAAAAACACUUCAUGAUAUACACACACACACACACACACACACACACACACUGCAAACUGUCAAUCACCACACUUGAAAUGGAACUCUGUAUAAACCCCCCUUGGAAAGCUCCCAUUAAUGCCAGUGAACAGAGGACCAUUGUGUACAGCUGCACUCAUUCUCCUUGAAGGAAAGAGGGUUCUGGUGUUUGGACGCAGAGACCCGCUCGACCCAUUCAGAGACAAUAAAAUGCCAGUGGCUUUAAAACAACAACAUUAAAUGUUUUAUAUUUGUUUUAUUAGUAUUAGAGGAGUAAAGCAGUACUAAUCUGCGUGAGGAAGAACCUGUAUUUACACUCGGCCGUUCUGAGCUCGCGUCGUGUUUCUGCUGACAUCAGAGGGCUGGGCCCUCGACAGCCAGAAACAAUUUCAUUCAACGAGAGAACUAUCACUCUGGACCUGGAAAGCUCUAUCGCUCCAUCUUAUUGUUCUCGGGGAGACUUGGGGUAGACUUACUAGGAGGUACAGAGAAAUGGACUAAACUCAAGGGGAUUUCUGGCUGUGCCAUCAUUCCUGUAUUUACCCGUCUGGCCGUGUCCUCCCUCCUGGCGAUUGACGCAAGCACACGCCAGUCGGUAGGAACCGCGCAUUCCUGUGCCUCUCAUUCGCUGGCCAUGAAGGAAGGAGGCGGGUCAGAGUCACUGGGCACAUCCUGGCUCUCGGUUGUAGAGGCUAGGCUGAUUAAGCCUUAACCCUCUAUUGCCAAGCCGUUUUAUUAACUUUGUUUUUUAAAAUAAUUUCAUUUGUAUUUAACGUUGUCAUAUUCAGUAUAUUGUUUUACUAUUCCUAUGGUUAUUAUGAUUAUUAUUCCUUGUAUGAUUGAAAUGACCCCGGUCCUUACUUCUGUUAUCAUCGCUGAUCUCGUCUUCCUUCGACUGGCCGCCGUGCAUUUCUUUGUUGUUUGUUACAGAGGGCAACAAACACAGCGCGGACCUCUGUUCUUUCAGCAGUAAUAAGACGUAAUGUUUUUAGACCACCCUGUUUGACUUCUUUUUUUAUAUCGCCUCAACACUUGUUCAUCUCCUUCCUCCCUUUGUCACUUUAUUGCUCAUUGGAGACCUUUUUAAGGCCAGCGGAGAGAGAACUGGGGGAAGGUAAUGGAUCAAAGAGCUGGUAGUAUCUAAUACUGUCUUUGUGCAAGACUUGGUUGUGUUGUAAAUAAUUACUGUAGAGUCAGAAGACUCGUUAUAUCAUUAAGGAAAUAUUGGUCACUGAACAUGAGUUGACUUUUAAGCCACCCAUUACGCAAGGUAAAAUACAUGAAAUGGAAAAAAAACAUGGCUAUUGUUUGUGUUAUACUCCUUGUUUUACUGUUCCAGUAUACAAGAGGAAUUUAUAUGAAUAAUUUAAGUUUGUAUCUGUAUCUUUUCAGUAUGCCAAUAAAAAUGGGUGUUCAAUUAUA